CCACUUUACUUGUUCCUUUCCUUCUAAGCUUCCUCUUUAAAUACCCACAUAAUAUAAUUCAUUUACUUAUAUAAUUAUACAUUCAUACUGCAUACAAUAAUUAUACAUCACCAAAAAUACACAUACUAUCAAAUUCUCAAAGAAAAAAUAAUUAUGGUGUCACCAAAAUAUGUCAUGGUUCUGGUACUAGCAAUUAGCUCAAUGUGGGCUAUGUCAAUGGCUCAACCGAGUUCGUCAGGGAUUAGUGGUGCUUGCACCAAUGUGUUGGUCACGUUGUCACCUUGCUUAAACUACAUCACCGGGAACUCGUCGACGCCCUCAUCAAGCUGCUGCAGCCAGCUAGGUAAUGUUGUUAAGUCCUCACCAGAAUGCUUGUGCGAGGUUCUUAACGGUGGAGCCUCGGGCUUGGCUGCUGGGCUUAACAUUAACCAAACUCAAGCUUUGACUCUUCCUAAUGCUUGCAAUGUUCAGACUCCUCCUCUUAGCCGUUGUAAUAAAGCCGCUUCUCCAGCAGGAUCUCCAUUAGGAAGUCCAGGAAGUGGAUCUAAAACAUCACCAACAGAUGGUGACUCUUCAGACGCAACAAUGUCAAAGUUACCGACUAUUCCUGCUUUAUUUGCGGUGUUAUACGUCGUCGUUUCACACGCUUUAGCCUUUUAGAUAGGUCCAAAUUAUUUGGUCUUGUUUUGGACUGUCUUUAUUCACGCUCUUCUUGUUUCCAUGUGCGAUUUUUAAUUUGUUGUACGGUUGUACUACCACCACACCCAUUUUGUAAUACAUACAUCUUUUUGAAUUUCUUUUUUAAUUUUUUGGAAUUGAGUAAUUUGCUUUGUAUUAUUAUUAUUAUUAUUAUUAUUAUGAUUUGAUAAUAUGUAUAUGAGGUGUAUACUUUUUUAUUAAGAGUAUUAUUUCCAUCAUUAUAUUGUAAUAAAAGAGGUGGUGUUGUUAUGAUUUGAC